UCCCUCUUUAUCAAUGAGCCUCCAUAAAAAUAACCUCUCUAUUCUCACCUUCCUCGUCCUGGCUUCCUCGUUUGCCUCCACAUAUGCAGCCAAGUUCAAUAUCAUAAACAGCUGUCCUUUUGUGGUCUGGGCAGCAGCUGUGCCCGGCGGCGGAAGGCCGCUUAACCCAGGAGAAACAUGGCCUUUAGAUGUCAGCCCGGGGACGACAGCAGCUCGCAUUUGGGCUCGAACCAAUUGCAGAUUCGACGGGACGGGCCGUGGACGAUGUGACACGGGGGACUGUGGGGGUGUACUCCAAUGCACUGGUUAUGGUCAGCCACCAAACACACUGGCCGAAUACGCACUGAACCAGUACAACAACUUGGAUUUCUUCGAUAUCUCCCUCGUCGACGGCUUCAAUGUUCGUAUGGAGUUCAGUCCGACGUCGCCUCAGUGCGGCCGCGGAAUCAGAUGCGUGGCAAAUAUCAACGAGCAGUGCCAGUUGAGAGCCUCCGGAGGGUGCAAUAACCCGUGCACCGUGUUCAGAACCGAUCAGUAUUGUUGUAAUUCCGGGAGCUGUGGUCCCACCGAUUAUUCGAGGUUUUUCAAAGAUAGGUGUCCGAGUGCUUAUAGUUAUCCCAAGGAUGACCAAACCAGUACAUUUACAUGCCCUGGUGGUACAAACUAUAAGGUUGUGUUCUGCGCUAAUUGAAAUGGUUAAUGUUGGUGGCAUAAGUUAGUUAAUAUUUGCAUGGAAUAAGAGCUUUUCAUAGGGCUGUGUUUGGAUUUGCGCCUAAGCUAUAUAUAUAUAUAUGUAUAUA